UCAUAACAGAUAAACGUGUUAAAUUAAAAUCCGAAACGGAGAAGCAGAGUGUCGAUGACGAAUCAAAACACAACCUUUUAUCCAAAUCAAAACAUUGGCGUCUACAGUUUCGAAGGAAACAUCGUCACCGUUAGUCGAGGUCUGGUUUUAAAAGCGAGAGCAUCGUUCGAACGAAAUUUCAACAUUCGUCCCUGUUACAAUUGCGAGCGACACGAUCACGGCCGCAAAAUUUAGUGUCGCUGUCACGCGCUCGGUCAAUGUCGGGACCAGUGGCCAAAAGUUUGCGGGGAAAAAAGAAGAAAAAAGACGGAGGGAAUUUGCCAGCCGGUAAUGAGAGGAAAAUCGAGCAAGUUGGUAAACUGAGUUUGCCUCGCGUCGCCAGACCCUCUUCGUCGGUAAUCGAGCAUGCUGCGGUUCGUUUCGCGAAAAUGUCACUUCGUUUACAAACCAACGAUCGCCUCGACCCGUGUGGAAGCAACGCGUUGUGUUGGCCCUUUUAUUCGUCGAGGGAGAGUCGCGAAAAGUAUCCUUGCGGGAAAACAGCAGGAUCGGUCGAUUGCACGGCGAAAUUAACUCUCGACAGCCACGCAGCUUGUUUUCCGACUAAUAGGGUUGGCCGUCGCCUAUUGAAAGUUUUAGGACCACGAGGACAGACCGGAAAGGAAUAUGUUUUCUUGCGAUUGGUGGAUAAAGUGGCGGAGAGGUACUCGAGAAAAACGGAGGCCGAGCACGCGUCGUGGCAGUCUUCAAAGGAAAUAGCUAAGCGCAAUCUGCUACGAAUCGCCAUCCAGAGAUCGAUUAUUCUUCCAGAACGGAAUCAAGAGUGGCUGCGCGAAUCGAGCUAUAUAUCCGGCUCUCGAUCCAACCCAUUGAGAACAUAUCUCACGUCAUACUAGAGUGCCUCUAAAAGUCUCGUGGUCUCUGCCUCCUUAAACUCCUCGCUCUUCCCUCUUUCGUUUCACCGGCAGAAAAUAAUUUGGCAUUAAGCCGAACGGCCAUUCGAUUCGUGGAGUGCCGUUUCUUUUGUACCGUUCCUUGAUCGGCUCCUGCUUUUUUCCUUCCCCUGUUUUCCCCCCAAUCUUAAAGAACGAAGAUGAAGAAUUCUUCGAAAAGGAUCGAGGAUCCUGAUAACUGGAAUUUUUUCC